AUGGUACGAUAUCUAUCGAUUGCAAAUACAUUUGUAAUACUAGUUGCAUCAAAUAUUAUAAAAGGUUUUACAUUUGAAGAGAAUACAUGUGCGAAAGAUUCACGUCCUGUUCAUCGAGAAUAUUUUUAUGUUGGUGGUGAAUAUGUAUAUGAUGCGUCCUCUCAAGGAUUUGUAAUGACUGGACAAAUGUAUGUUGAACAUUUAACUUCUCCAUAUGGCAUUCAACAACCAUAUCCUUUAGUUUUAAUGCAUGGAAAUGCAAUGACUGGUACGAAUUGGCUUAAUACUCCUGAUGGUAGACCAGGUUGGGCUUCAUAUUUUCUUCAACAAGGAUAUGACAUUUAUAUUAUCGAUCAACCAGCACGUGGCCGAUCUAUAUGGCUACCUAAUAGUAAUAUGACUGUUACAACUUAUUCUGCCAAUAUGAUGGAAGAACGCUUUACAGCUACAAGUUUCUAUGAAUUGUGGCCGCAGGCAAUUUUACACACACAAUGGCCUGGUGAUAACAAUACUUCUAAAGGCCGUAUGGGCGAUCAAAUAUUUGAUGCUUUUUAUGCUUCAACUGUUCAAUUUGUUGCAAGUGAAGUCUCGGUUCAAACUAUGAUGCAAAAGGCUGGUGCAGCAUUACUAGAUAAAAUUGGUGCUGCUAUACUAUUAACUCAUUCACAAAGUGGAAGUUUUGGAUGGUUAAUUGCUGAUAUACGACCGAAUCUCGUUAAAGCCAUAGUUUCUAUCGAACCGAAAGGACCUCCAUUUCGAGAAGCUGUUUUUUCAAAUAAAUCAUCUCGAUCUUGGGGCAUUACAGAUAUUCCAAUAACAUAUGAUCCUAUUGCUAAUUCAUCAUCGGAUCUAUUGACCGUUGAAAUACCAUCAAUACAUGAAAACUAUACAUCUUGUAUUCUUCAAAAAACACCUGCUCGUACAUUAAUUAAUCUUGUUAAUAUUUCCGUUUUAAUAGAAACAUCUCAAGCAUCUUAUCAUGCUGUUUAUGAUCAUUGCACCGUUGAGUUCUUACGACAAGCAGGUGUUAAAGUAGAUUUCAUUCGACUUGAAAAUAUAGAAAUUUAUGGAAAUGGUCAUAUACAAAUGAUGGAAAAAAAUAAUUUACAUAUUGCUGAUAUUCUUCAUCAAUGGAUUCGAAAGACUGUGCUUAUUUGA